AUGACGAAGGCGAUGAAGAACAGGGCGUACCAGGAGCUGAAGUCAAACGCUGGCAUCCUAGAGAAGGGAAAAGGGAUUGCUGCUUGCCAGAAUGACAAACAGGGAAACUUCAAGGCCAUGAGGGAGAACAUGAGGAGGCUGAACAUGAAGAGCAGGAAGACGGAGAAGCGGCCAGGGCGCCCCGGGGCCGCGGUACCUGCGCUGCCGCCUCGGCCAUGGCGCGGGCGGACGCGGCGCCUCCCCGGCCCCGCCGCCUUUACCGGGGCCGGUCCCGCCCCCGCGGCGGCGGAAGCGGGAGGCGGUGCCGGGCUGGGGUUCGGCGGCGGGGCCGGGAUGGUGCUGGAGGCGCUGCGGCCGCGGCUGGUGCGCUGGGCGCUGCUGGCCGCCUUCGCCGCCGGGGUGGUGGUGGGCUGGCAGGCGGGCCGGGCGCGCCGCCGCUUCCUGCGCUGGAGGCAGCGAUACCUCCAGCGCCGCCUCGCCGCCGCACAGGAGAAGCUGGAAGCGGCCUGAGCGCCGACAGCCGCGGCCGAGCUGCCCCUGGCCCUGGCAGCGGGCUCCGGGUGCCUGCUCCGCUUCGGUGCGCGCUGCCUGAGCCGCUGGAAACGGGUGACGCGCUGCUGGGGAAGGACAGCAUCCUCGGGAGAGCAGGGCUGCCGGCUGGACAGCAUCCGUAGAAUAGCAGAGCUUCUGGAGAAGGACAGCAUCCGUGGGAGAGCAGGGCUUCUGGAGAAGGACAGCAUCCCUGGGAGAGCAGGGCUUCUGGAGAAGGACAGCAUCCCUGGGAGAGCAGGACUUCUGGAGAAGGACAGCAUCCCUGGGAGAUCAGGGCUUCUGGAGAAGGACAGCAUCCCUGGGAGUGCAGUACUUCUCUUCUGCCCUUCACAAAGCAAAAUCCCAAACUGUGUCAGACUAAGCUAACAAAGAACUGAGGAUAUGCAAGCAACAAUCCCAAACCUGGAAUGGACUGCUCGGGGAGAUUUGGAGUCCUCAUCCCUGAAGGUGUCCAAGGAAAAACUGGACGUGGCACUGGACAGUGCUCUGGACUGGGUGACAAGGUGGGGAUCGUCACCAGUUGCACUCACUGAUCAAGGAGGUCUUUCCUAACCAAAGUGAUUCCAUGAUUCUGGGAUUUGCAUAUUUCAAAGGGCUGUCUGCACUUGUCCAGCUCUAAGCCAGCUGCUCUGCCCUUGCCGGGAAGUGCUGCCAACACAAUAAACUAGAAAAAGUUA